AGAUUAGAAAAUAAAAUUAUUUGUGUCAUCACUUGUAUUACUAUUUGAUACACCAGUUUCGAGAAUAUUUGAUUCGGGACGGCCCUGCCGAGGGGAAUAACGAUAUUAUUGUUCUUUUGUUUUGUGAGGAACCGGUGCCAAGUACAGUGUUUCCCAAAAAGGAUCACUCGUUCCAUGCAACUUGUACGAGAAGCGUUAGCUGGCCUGCGUGUUGUCAGUUUAUUCCUUAACAACGGACGGUCGACGAUCGCGCAUGUUCCGGGUUCUCAUCAAUCACUUCGUGGAGUGCAAUUACACCAGUGCAGUGGACUAUGGUGCGUCAGCGUUAGUGCGCUCGCGGUGCAUCACGUGACGGCUGAUAACACCACGGCUGUUUAAAGCUGCUGAUAAUGUUCUGAACACUGCGACAAAUGAUAGCAAAAAAAAUCUUCGAAAACGUACCGUGUUAGUUUCUUUUCCAACAGACAGUCGUACUGUAAAUCUUAUCGAAAUGUCCGCUGAUGGAAAUACUAAUCCAUUUAAGUAUUUCGUUGCCGGAGGUUUUGGAGGUGUUUGCACAGUGUUAGUGGGUCAUCCAUUAGACACAAUUAAAGUCAGAUUGCAAACAAUGCCUCUUCAGCUUGGUAAAUUACCCAUUUACAAUGGAGCGUGGGACUGUGCUGUUAAGACUAUUAAAAAAGAAGGUUUUUUUGGUUUAUAUAAAGGUAUGGGAGCUCCAAUUACAGGUGUAGCUCCUAUAUUUGCAAUUAGUUUCUUAGGAUUUGGACUAGGUAAAAAAUUAUUUGCAUCUACUAGUGAAAACAGUGAAAAUUUGACUCCUACAAAACUAUUUUCUGCCGGAGCAUUUUCUGGUAUUUUUACAGCAAUUAUAAUGGUGCCUGGAGAACGCAUAAAAUGUAUUUUACAAGUACAGGACUGUGGCAAUCAAAAGUAUGAUGGUCCAAUCAGUGUUAUUAAGAACUUAUAUGCUGGAGGUGGUAUAAGAAGUUUAUACAAAGGAACAUGCGCUACAUUACUUAGAGAUAUUCCAGCUUGUGGUGUGUACUUUACAACCUAUGAAUUAUUAGUAAGAUAUCAAAAAAAGAACAAUUCUGAUGGUCUUAUGAACACAAUAUUUGCUGGUGGUAUGGCUGGUAUACUGAAUUGGCUGAUUGCCAUGCCAGCAGAUGUGCUCAAAAGUCGUUUACAAACAGCACCAGAAGAAAUGUACCCAAGAGGUGUUAGAGAUGUAUUUGUGAAACUAUACAGAGAUGAAGGACUGAAAGCAUUAUAUGCUGGUGUAACACCAGUCAUGCUCAGAGCAUUCCCUGCAAAUGCUGCAUGUUUCUUAGGCGUUGAAUUUGGAUUAAAAGGUUUAAAUUUUAUUUUCCCCCCAGAAAAACAUGAAAAUUGAAUCAUGAAUCUCAAAUCUAACAAUCAAGUUGAACAGAUGUGUCAGUUAACAUGGUUGCAUAUGCAAUUUGGUUAUUAUUGAUGGGUAUAUCAAUUAUUUGUUUGGUGAUUAGUUGGUUCUCAAGUGUCUAUAGUCUAAUAUGGGGACGUUUAUAUAUGUUAUGAGUUUCAAUUGUAUUAUUUUAUAUGUAUACAAAAACGUUUUAUGUUGUAAAUUGAUAUUUUAAGUAUUUGAUUGUUGUA